AUGUCUGCCGCCGCCAAAGUCUUCGCAAUCCUAGAGCUACUCGAACAGAUCCUCCUCGUGUUGCCGCCGAAAGACGUCCUCCUCGCACAGCGCAUGAGUACCGACUUCCGAGACACCACUCGGGACUCCCCACAACUCCAAGAACACCUCUACCUACGCGAGCCUACCAGACCACCACAAUUUCACAUAUACAAUGACCUGGUCGUUAAGCAUACCCUGGAAUGCGGCUUCUAUGAUCGAACUAUCAUCCGUCUAUCAGGCGUUGAAAGGAUCGAGUUAUCGCUGUCCCAACGCCCCAAACUCACAAUCUACGGCCUUGACACACGACGGGUCAGGACUCUUCUCGCCGGCAGCGCCUCGUGCCUUGAGAUGUAUAUCCUUCACGCAUGCAACGACGAAGGCAUCCAGAUCGUCGUAGAGCAGGACAUUGCACGAGUAGAGGGGGGAACGCUGGUUCGGAAAGGUAGCUACGUUGCCGAGAUCGUUGUGCGAAAUACCACGCUAAGGGAGGUGUUGAUAUUCAUGGUUAGACUGGCUGAGAUCGCGGAAGAGCUGGGUAAACUUGCGACACACAAUGCAGAGGGCAAAUUUAACAUCUUGGCGAAGGUUGCUGGACCAGCUGUGGCAUCGAAGGAGUCUCUUGAGAUGCUGAUUGCGGAUAUCGUGAUGGAGGAGCCGAAGUUCACGCCGCGCGAUUACCCGUAG